CCGCCUGCCGCACGGGGGCGCCCACAGAAAAGCACCGUUCGUGCCGAGGCGCCUCAGAACUGGGCUUUUUGUCCCUCUUUGUUCCGCUGGAAAGUGCUGGUUGAGCGGCUAGCAAGAGCACAACAGACCCGAGCUCUGGGAUAGUUAUACAACCACUUUGAUCUUCGGGGCCGCUAAGGGAGCCCGGAAAGUGACGGAGAGCUCACGGAGGGACGCGAGCAUCCGAGGAAGAGGACUCGGUGGGAUCGGCCAGGGAGAAGGGCCGCGGGGCUGGGGGCUCCAGGAGGAACAGGGGGCGGGGGGUGUAGCAAAGACGGAGACGCCUGCACGCCGAGCUCGGGGGCUGCAAAUCGCCGGAGCCAGCGGGGCGGAGGGGCCGGCGUCGCGGCUGUAGAGUCCUGGCCUUUCUGAGUGGAUGGGAUGGACCCGGGUCCGUCUGGCGCAGUGCCCAUGGGGCCCUUCCCCCCACCCCUGCAGCAGGUGUUCCAGGCACCACGGCGGCCUGGAAUGGGCACUGUGGGGAAGCCCAUCAAGCUACUGGCCAAUUACUUCGAGGUGGAGAUCCCCAAGAUGGAUGUCUACCACUACGAGGUGGACAUCAAGCCCGACAAGUGUCCCCGUAGGGUCAACAGGGAGGUAGUAGAGUACAUGGUUCAACACUUCAAGCCACAGCUCUUUGGUGACAGAAAACCAGUGUAUGAUGGGAAGAAGAACAUCUACACAGUGCUGGCUCUGCCCAUCGGGAAUGAGAAGGUGGACUUUGAGGUGACCAUUCCAGGAGAGGGAAAGGACCGCAUCUUCAAGGUGUCCAUCCGCUGGCUGGCCGUGGUGUCCUGGCGUCUCCUCCAGGAGACAUUGGUGAGCGGGCGCUUGCAGGUGCCCCUGGAUUCCGUGCAGGCCCUGGACGUCGCUAUGAGGCACCUCGCUUCCAUGAGGUACACCCCAGUUGGACGCUCCUUCUUUUCCCCACCGGAGGGCUACUACCACCCCCUGGGAGGUGGGAGGGAGGUGUGGUUCGGGUUCCACCAGUCUGUACGGCCCGCCAUGUGGAAGAUGAUGCUCAACAUUGAUGUGUCUGCCACGGCCUUCUACAAAGCACAGCCGGUGAUCGAGUUCAUGUGCGAGGUCCUAGACAUCCGCAACAUUGACGAGCAGCCCAAAACGCUGACAGACUCCCAGAGGGUCCGCUUCACCAAGGAGAUCAAAGGUACACAUCUUGGCAGCCUCAAGGUGGAGGUGACGCACUGUGGCCAGAUGAAGAGGAAAUACCGCGUGUGUAACGUCACCCGCCGGCCCGCCAGCCACCAGACGUUCCCUCUUCAGCUCGAGAGUGGCCAAACUGUAGAAUGUACGGUAGCCCAGUACUUCAAGCAGAAGUACAACCUGCAGCUCAAGUACCCCCACCUGCCCUGCCUGCAGGUGGGCCAAGAGCAGAAGCACACCUACCUGCCCCUGGAGGUGUGUAACAUUGUGGCGGGGCAGCGCUGCAUCAAGAAACUGACAGAUAAUCAGACCUCCACCAUGAUCAAAGCCACGGCGCGCUCUGCACCUGACAGACAGGAGGAGAUAAGCAGGCUGAUGAAGAAUGCCAACUUCAAUCUGGACCCCUACAUUCAGGAGUUUGGGAUCAAGGUGAAGGACGACAUGGCGGAGGUGACGGGCCGUGUGCUUCCCGCUCCCAUCCUGCAGUACGGAGGCCGGAACCGGGCUAUCGCCACUCCCAAUCAAGGUGUGUGGGACAUGAGGGGAAAGCAGUUCUACAAUGGGAUCGAGAUUAAGGUGUGGGCCAUCGCUUGCUUCGCUCCGCAGAAGCAGUGCCGUGAGGAGGUGCUGAAGAACUUCACGGACCAACUGCGGAAGAUCUCCAAGGACGCGGGGAUGCCCAUUCAGGGUCAGCCGUGUUUCUGCAAGUACGCGCAGGGUGCGGACAGCGUGGAGCCCAUGUUCAGGCACCUGAAGAACACCUACUCUGGGCUGCAGCUCAUCAUUGUCAUCCUGCCCGGAAAGACACCCGUCUAUGCGGAGGUGAAGCGGGUAGGAGACACCCUUCUGGGAAUGGCCACUCAGUGCGUCCAGGUGAAGAACGUGGUCAAGACGUCCCCCCAGACCCUGUCCAACCUCUGCCUCAAGAUCAACGUCAAGCUGGGCGGCAUCAACAACAUCCUGGUGCCACAUCAGCGGUCAGCAGUGUUCCAGCAGCCAGUCAUCUUCCUGGGGGCUGAUGUGACCCACCCACCUGCUGGUGAUGGGAAGAAGCCCUCCAUCACAGCGGUGGUGGGCAGUAUGGAUGCCCACCCCAGCCGCUACUGCGCCACAGUGCGGGUCCAGCGGCCCCGGCAGGAGGUGAUCGAGGACCUCUCUUACAUGGUGCGGGAGCUGCUGAUCCAGUUUUACAAGUCGACCCGCUUCAAGCCCACGCGCAUCAUCUUCUACAGGGACGGCGUCCCUGAGGGCCAGUUGCCUCAGAUCCUGCACUAUGAGCUGCUGGCCAUCCGAGAUGCCUGCAUCAAGCUGGAGAAGGACUACCAGCCAGGCAUCACCUACAUCGUAGUGCAGAAACGCCACCACACGCGGCUCUUCUGCGCCGAUAAAUCCGAGCGGAUUGGGAAGAGUGGAAACAUCCCAGCAGGUACCACGGUGGACACCAGCAUCACACACCCCUUCGAGUUCGACUUCUACCUGUGCAGUCACGCGGGCAUACAGGGCACAAGCCGGCCAUCUCACUACUACGUCCUCUGGGACGACAACCGCUUCACCGCCGACGAGCUGCAGAUCCUCACCUACCAGCUGUGCCACACUUACGUGCGCUGCACGCGCUCCGUCUCCAUCCCCGCACCUGCCUACUACGCCCGCCUGGUGGCGUUUCGAGCCCGUUACCACCUGGUGGACAAGGAGCACGACAGCGGAGAAGGCAGCCACGUCUCCGGGCAGAGCAACGGCCGGGACCCCCAGGCGCUGGCCAAGGCCGUCCAGAUCCACCACGAUACCCUGCGGACCAUGUACUUCGCCUGAGCUAGCAUAGUGGGCUGGGCCACGCCCCCAUCUCUGCCGGAGCCCCACCCAUGGGUGGAGUCCGAUCAGCCAGACUGCUCUCUCCUUCUGUCCUGAUGGGCUUUUUAAUUUUAAAUUUUUUAUGUGUAUUAUUGUGUAUUACCUUCACGUUCACGUGUAUGUAUGCAAUAUGGAGGAGGCGAAGGGGAAGCCGGCGCCGCGGCCCUGACUACGCCCCCCGGGAUGAUGCCUGUCCGGCGCAUUCUUGGUAUAGCUGAUAUUUUUUUAAAAGGCCAGAGGAAGCAUGGUACAUUAGCACUUAGCGGUAGCAGAUUAGGUCCUCGCACCCGCCCUCCCUGAGGGCCUGUGUGGGUGAUCUGGGGGGCAGUAGGACAGACUCGGUGCAGGGUAGCACACCAUAGAUGUAAACGAGUGCCUUAGCGGCCAAUGGGAGCGCAGCAGGAAGUAGGUCUACCCGUAGAGUUAGCGGCUACCGGGGAUACGUAGGGGAUGGGGAGGGACCGCGUAGUACAUGGGACACGAUGCACAUCGGCAAACCGGACCAAACCAGCGCCAGCAGCCGGCCGGACACUGUACGGCGAGCAGACACCAGCUGAAGCGGCAGCUCAGGAACGCGAAGGCGGACUCUGAAGGAAGCCAGAACCGGCCCUCGGCCCCGACGCCUCACAGCUGGGUCGACAUCUACUUUAUUUCAUUUUUUUUAAAUAUCCCUUUUCUCUCUUUCCCUGUUUGCUCUGGGGGUGCAGACCACCCCUGAGCUGAAGAUCUGUGAACAUGCCAGCGCCCCCCCCCCCUCCCCAACCUGCUUUUGGUGCCCAAUGGUCUCAUUCUGACCAAAGGGGGGGCGCUGAUGGGCUGGCUCUCUUCCUCCUGGUGCUCAUAUAACCAGGCUUCCACUCUGUGUGGGGGUAGGGUGGGCAGUAUUAUGAAACGCACACAGUCAAAACGCGACAUGGGCUCCUCUUUAGCCCCCCCAUGUGCCAUCGAGCAGAGGUGAGGGUGAUGCAGAGCUGUGUGUGCCUUCCACUCCCUGUUCACUUCUACCAGCACUCCCAGGCACACUCCUUUUUGUGAGUAUGAGUGGCAUGUCCGCAUUCCACUGCGCGCUCGCUCUCUCUCUCUCACACACACACACACCAUCACAUACCUCACCGAGAGCUGCUCCACCUUAGCAACAGGUGUUUACAUCCCCCCCCCACCCCCACAUUCCUGUCCUAUCAUGCCUGGGUGAAUUUUUUUAUUUUUUUUUUCCUUUCCUUGACCUCGCCCUUCUGGUUGCUGUGCCCCCUCCGCACCCCCCCCCCCGUGCCCAUCUAUCUCGCCAAAUACCCGGAGGUGCUCUGUGUUUUUACUGGCACAGAAAGGGGGUAUUGCACGUAUAGGCAGCACACAAGGCUUUGGGAUCCCAGCAUACUCUCCGCCCUGCCUGAGGGAUAUAUACUGUUUCCUCAGCAGUGAGGCACCGUGUAGGAAUCCCAGAAAUGUCUUCUGCACCUUGGUUUCUGGCUUAUUUUGUUUCUCUUGACGUGUAGUUCUAUCCCUCCUACGCAAGGGGGCACUGCAGACUGGCCUGUCCUUCAUUUCCCCGGUUUUGGCUGACAGCGCCCCCCCCCCCCCCCCCACUUAGCUGUGUUUCACUCAUCCCUAGAAAGUGAGAGUGGACGACUUCUCUGUGAGGAUAACGGUUAGCCUUCAAUGGCAUCUGGAGAGGAGCGCUAACAGAGUCGACGUAUUCUGUUUCUGGGACUCUUCCACAACAUAGGGAAUCGUCAUCGUUGUCGUCAGCCAUGGCCGCUGUCCGCGCACUUGAAGUAACUGACGCGGCGGCGGGACUGUCACCCCUGUCUGCCGCCCCGGUCUGUCACCUCCUCCCCACUCAAAAGCAAUAUGUGCCACUGCAGAAGCCAGUCCAAGCAGAACACUUCAAUCCAAGUUAGAAUGGAACCAUGUGGAAAGCAGUUCUCUCUGCUCUGUAUGAAAUAGUAUGGGUCACGUAUGGGGAGGGUUAUUUUUUAAGAAUAAAUGUUUUUUAUUA